AUGAAGCCCAGCCUUCUUCUCCUAGCCAGCAGCCCUGCCCUGGCAGCCUACUUCCGGCCCGCCGAAUGGGGCGCGCAGUCGAGCGUCAUCAUGGCCUGGCCGUCCGGCGACAACCCGGCGUACCACAACGCGCCGGACGACCUGAGCGCCGCCACCGAGGACAUUUCCAACAUUGCCGCGGCGGUGGCCAAGUUCGAGCCCGUCACGCUACUCGUUGUGCAGAGCCGGCUGGCGGACGCCCAGGCGCAGUUCGCCGACCGCAGCAACAUCACGCUGCUGCCCAUCGCGACGUACCCCACGCUCGACCUGUGGAUGCGCGACAUGGCGCCGACGUUUGUGCUUGACCGGAGCAACACGACGGGGCAGCUCGCGGGCGUCGACUACAACUUCAACGGCUGGGGCGGCAAGUUCCCCACCGGCUCGUGCCUCUCGCUCGCGUCGCUGCUGUCCUACCACAUGAAGGUGCCGCGCGUCGACGGUGCGCUCGUGUCUGAGGGCGGCUCGCUCGAGGUCGACGGCGAGGGCACGCUGCUCGUCACGGAAAGCUCCGUGCUCAUCGAUAACCGCAACCCGGGCACGACCAAGGCGCAAGCCGAGGCCGCAUUCGAAAAGACGCUCGGCGUCACCAAGACCAUCUGGAUCCCGGGGCGCCGCGGCUCAGACAUCACCGACGGCCAUAUUGAUGGGCUGGCGCGCUUCAUCGCGCCCGGCAGGGUGCUGCUGAGCCGGCCGAGCUCGUUGGAGGGCGGCGGCCCGUUUGUCGACACGUACCGCGAGGCGCGCGCGAUUCUGGCCAACACGACCGACGCGAGGGGCCGCGUGCUGCAUGUGACGGAGAUUGCCGAGGCGGAGCUGGAGAAUAUCGGGGCUGACAAGGAGCUGGUGCAGCAGGUGCAGGACGGGCAAAAGGACUACCCGUCGCUGACGUAUGUGAAUUAUGUCAUGGUCAACGGGGGGAUUGUGUUUGCGGCGUUUGGCGACAAGGAGGCGGAUGCGGCGGCGCUUAAGCUCAUACAGGGCCUCUAUCCGGACAGGACGGUCGAGGUGGUCAACACGCAGACGCUUGCGUUUCUGGGAGGCGGCAUUCACUGCUCCACGCAAGAGGUGCCAGCGAGCGAGUAG